AUGGGGCAAAUAGUAAAAUUUGGAAGAACUCUAUCCCAGAUUGGUGUCUCAAGGUUUGAUCCUAAGGAAGGAUGGCAACAGAAGUUGAAUGACCAAAGAAGCCUAGAGAUAUACAGCAAAAUUCCAAAAAAAUCAGAAUAUUCUGAACCAGAGGAAACUGAGAACCAUCUACAAACUGCAAAGCUUCGUUCCCAUAGCUUAUCUUCCUCUGAAAUAUUUUAUCUGCUGUCUAUAAAUAGUAUAGGUGUAUUCUCUGGCAAUGGUACACUGGAUAUGUGCAAGGAUGACAACGGAAACAACAUGCUCAAUCUCAAUGAAGAGAUCAAAAAAAGGGUGGAAGAAAUUAGGGCUCUACUAUCCAGUGGAAAUGUUCAGCGCACAAGAUGUCAAAAAUACAAGACUAGCCAUGCCAACUGUAUGAUUGUAGGCCCAGUGGCAGAAUGGUUGAAAGGCAAACUAAUGAAUAUAGUGCAGAAGGGUUAUGUAAAGAGGGAGGAUAAAAGACUUCAAACUGCCCGGAUAAAUGCAGCCCUCUCAGUUGCAAGGCUGUCUACAGUAGUUGCAGGAACUAUUGGAAAUUGCACCUUUGGAUCAAAUAAUUUGAGUGGCAUUGCCAUGACUGAUAGGAGAGAAGACACUGACAUGAAGAUGCAUGCUGCAAUCACGUCAGCUGCAGCGCUGGUGGCAGCCUCAUGUGCUGAGGUGGCGAACGCAGCAGGAGCUACCAGGGAACAGGUUUCAUCAGUCAUUAACAUGGGAUUGGAGACUAGGGCACUGGGAGAUUUGCUCACACUAACUACUAGUGCUGCAGCCUGUAAGAUCAAGAACCAGACCAGCUCAUUUUCUCCGGAUAACAUAACAUGA